AGUCGCGGGUGUCGGACGUUCGGCGGGAAAACUCAAAACUGAAAACUGAAAACUUAAAUAUUCCAAAAAAACUGAAACCACUAGACCAAUCUCAGACAAAACAAAACUAUAAUUUAUAAAAAAACAAGAAGAACGUGCGAUAAGAACAGCAAAUACGAGAACAACAAACCAAAGUUAACUUUUCGAUUUUUGAGCGCGUAUGUUUGGAUUUACUUCUUUGCCAUUUGUAUAUUCGUGCAAUCCAAAAAACGAAUAAAAACCUAUAGUAUAGUAGCAACAACUAAAACGUGGUCUAAAAAUUCGUUGUUUUUUGUUUUCACUUUUUUUUCUGUGCGUGCGCGUGUGAGUGUGUUAGUUUGUUUGCUUUUUAAUUAGUUCGACUCUUGUUUUGAUUUUUGUCUUUUUUUUUGGUACGAGAUCUCUCUGUUUUGUGUUUAAGCAGAACCAAAAAAAGAGCCAAACGAGAGCGAAAACAAGCAUGUGGCAGCCAUGAGGCGGCUGCGUUCCACUCGCUGCCAGCUGUUAUUAUGCCCGGCCACUUGUUGCAGGCCUUCAUGAUGCAACUGCUGCAGCAGAAGCAGCCAGCGGCUCAGGCACCACGAACUCGAUCCACGUCUCUGGCGGUCCUCAAGCAAAUACUGAAAAAACACUCAUACGCCAUGUGGGCGCGAGGCGAUCGGUGGAUGUUGCACGAACAGCACAAUAGCCCGACCAUAGCCACGCUGGCCCAUGGCCAAGGCUAAGGCUAGUGCCACAGCCACACAGCACCACCAGCAAUAUUAAGGCGAGCACCACCACCACCACCAGACACUGCAACAACCACAACGACAACGAUAACAACGGAGACACCCAGCCAAGUCAAAGAAUUCCGUUGAACUAGAGCGAAACAAAACAUCCAGAAAAUGUCCGAGUCGCGCCGACAGUCGGUGAGCUCCAGGGCUAUGCCGCCGGGCGUUCUGGUCAACGAUAGCCGGGCGAACUCCACCGAUGACAUCCAGAUCGCCCUGGCCCCGCACAUCCAGACCUACCUGAGCCAGACGGGCAGGCGGCACUCCUGCUGCAGCGUCAUGCUGCCGGUGGCCUUCGAGCGGGCGGCAGCCAAGUCCUGGCUGGACCCCAAGUUCGACUCCCCGGUGCUCGAGGAACAGUACCAGGCCAGCGUCUUUCCCCACGUCCGCAUGCGGUACAGAUUCACCCUCUCGUACAUCCUGCUGUGCUCGCUGAUGUGGUGCCUGUACUUUGUGGUGGACGGCGGAUCGGAGGACUUCUGGCGCCCGAUCUCCAGCUCCUUCUCGAUGCUCUCGCUGGUGACGAUCAUGGCGCUGUGCUUCACCCACUGGGACCUGUACCGGGAGCACCGCACGGUGACGUCGGCGGUGACCGCCCUGCUCCUGUGUGGCGCCUCCCUGGCCUUCCUCACCUACACGGGCAGGGCCUUCAGUCCGCUGGGCCACUUUGCCAUCUGCCUGGAGAUCGUCCUGCUGAUCUACACGGCCCUCCCGAUGCCCCUGUGGCUGGGCGCCAGUACUGCCAUCUCCUACUCGAUCGCCUUUGAGAUGGUCUCGCACAUGGUCAUCGGAUGCAGUGCCAUCCAUGGAGGUGCCAUGCACGGCGGAAACGCGGCUGGCGGUGGCUCCGGCAUGGAGGCCAAUGGCGAUCCCAGCAACAAGAUACUGAUCCUCAGGAUAAUGGCCCACCUGAGUGUGCAUCUGGUGGGCGUGCAUGUGCUGAUCAUGAAUCUGGUGCGCAUGCGCGGCACCUUCAUGAAGGUGGGUCAGAAUCUGCUCGUCCGCCGCCAACUGGAGAUGGAGAAGCAGCUGAAGGAGAAGAUGAUCCAUUCGGUGAUGCCGCCGAAAGUGGCGGAUAUGCUGCUUAACGAGGGUGGUCCGUCGGGCCUGGAUUCCGGAGGAUUGCCGCCGGAAUCGCACUACAUGCGACCGCGGGCCUCCAACGAUGUGAAGUCCCUGUUCCGGCCAUUCCACAUGCACAGCAUGGAGAACGUGAGCAUCCUAUUCGCCGACAUCGUCGGCUUCACCCGCAUGUCCUCCACCAAGACGGCCGAGCAGCUGGUGGAGAUCCUCAACGAUCUCUUCGAGCGCUUCGACGAUCUCUGCUCGCUGAGUGGCUGCGAGAAGAUCUCCACGCUGGGCGAUUGCUACUACUGCGUGUCCGGCUGCCCGGAGCCGAGGGUGGACCACGCCAUCUGCUGCGUGGAGAUGGGCCUGGGCAUGAUCGACGCCAUGCGCUGCUUCGACGCCCAGCGCCACGAGGGGGUCAAGAUGCGGGUGGGUGUCCACACCGGCACCGUCCUCUGCGGCAUCGUGGGCACGCGGCGGGUCAAGUUCGAUGUGUGGAGCAACGAUGUCAGCCUGGCCAACAAAAUGGAAUCCUCGGGCAAGCCGGAACAGGUGCACAUCUCGCAGGAGACAUCUAGCUUCCUGGGCGAUGCCUACUACCUGGAGGAGGGCGAGGAGGUGUUCGGUCACCGCACGUACUUCGUGGUGGGACGUCGUCGUGACUUCACCCGCACCAACAGCCUGAGUCCCAGCAUGCCGGCCAAUGCGAUCGGCAGUUCCCUGCUCCUGCCCGGCGCCCAUGGAGCCUCCCUUUCCCAGAGCGCCACCAAUGUGUCCGCGGUGCAGCCCAAUGUUCCACCCGCCUCUCCGGUUGGCCAGCUGUCCAGCUCGCUGAAUCCCUCCCCCGUGCUCUCGAUGCGACCGCGUCUCACCUCGCUGAGCAUGAAGCUGCGCAAGAAGUCGCAGAGUCGCGAGCGGGAUGUGGAGCGCGGCAUCAUCCAUCCGGCGGCAGCGGGCGUUCCUCCAGUGAUUGUGGUCAGGGAACGGCCCAAGAUCAUUAUCACCACCAAAUCCCUGCCCGGAAGUCUGGACUCCGAUGAGCAGCCGCCGGUUAGCCCACCGCUACCACCGCCAGCGAAUCCUCCAGCUAUCGAGACGCGCUCGAAGAUCAAGCUAAAGGUGUGGAAAGUGCCGAGAUUCUUCAAGCGGGGAUUCGAGGAUUUGUCGGGGAGAAAUUGCACCAGCAGCAGCUCGUCCUCCGGCCACCAUCAGGAGAAGGAGCGCGAGCGGGAAAGGGAGAAGGAAGAGCUGCAUCACCAGAAUCAGCUGAAUCCCGAGGAGACGCUGGCCUUCAUGGACAACCAGAUGCAGAAUGGCAACGGCUGUGGCUACCAGCAGCUGCCCGUCCUGGUGGAGUCCAGCAUCCAUCGCACCCAGACCCUGGACAUUCCACCAGCUCGUCCAGUGCUCCAUCAUGCGGCCACCUCGACGGCUUUGGCCAGCAGUGUGCUCCGAUCGCCGGAGGCGGGUGGCAGUGGCGGCGGAUGCUGCUCCCCCGGCCAGUACUCCAUGUACGACGACAUCAUCGAUGUGCGAUCCUACAUCAGUCAGUCGCGCAGCGAUAUAUCUCCGUUUGGCCGGUCGGGCAGCUAUAGAUCGCAGUGUGGCCGCCAGUCAACGGGAGGGGGCAAUGGAGCUGGGGCAGCAGCUGGAGCAGGAGGAGCUGGUAGCUCCCAGACGGCGCCCACAGUGGAGCAGUCUCCACUCCCCCGGCCACGUGCCUCGACCCUGGCCACUGGGCGACCGACGCCGAAUAGCCUGGAGCCGGGCACCUCGUCCACUAGUCCCUGUUGUCUGCCCGCUCCCGGGAACUCUGGCGGGGGCAUCUUCCCGCCGUCGCACUCCCGCCAGUCGAGCAUCUGCCCUUCGGCCACGUCGCGCAAGGAUUCGGGCAUCAAGAGCAACUCGCGGCGAUCCUCGAUCCAGCAGCAGAUCUACGCACUCAACCAGUCGGCGAUCAGUCAGCAUCGGGUCUCUGGCUACUUCACCAGCUCCACCUCGAGCAUCUCCAAUUUGGGCGAGGUGCAGGGCUUGGGGCUGCCAUUGGCCGUACAACCACCGCCGCCGGCCCUGCUGAUGCCCGCCUGCUCCUCGCAAAUGGCCGAUCCGCUGGCCGCCUGUCUGCAGCAGCUGCGCAAGCAAUCGGACCUCCAGCUGAUACGCUGCGUCCGGGACAAUGCCAGGUCGCAGAGGAGCUACCUGGUGAAGCCGCCGCUGCGCAAGUUCAGCUUGUACUUCAAGUCGCGCCAGCUGGAGCGGGAUUUCCGAUCGAAGGCCCAUCGCUUUGGGGCCGAGAACGAGACGGAGGGACCGCCGACCCUGGCCACGCCGCGCUACAACACCUACAUAGACAUCUUCGUGGGCAUCGCCGUGUACCUGUGCAUCUCGGUGUCCCUGUUCCUGAUGACCCAGAACACGGUGACCCCGAGCUUCCGGCUGUGGGUGACCCUGUUCUCCUGCUUCACGGGCAUCCAGGUGUUCGCCCUGUUCCUGUUCACCCGCCAGAUGUGUCGUCGUCAGAGCGGAGGCAGUGCGGGCAAUCGAUUUAGGUCCAAGUCCACGACCAGCGAGGAUUUGGAGCGGGAGGAGCGGGGCGCAGGAGGAGCAGGCGGGGGAGCCCGAGGACGCCCGCACUUUGAGUCCUGCGCCGAUCGCAUUUUCGAAGCCAUCUCCAGCUGGUAUCCCUGGCACAUCUGCCUGGCCGUGCUGAUGGCCAUGCCCGUGCUGCUGAUCAUCGCCAACUUCCUGCUCCUGGACUUGGAGCAGCUGGAGGCCUUCGAGUACCACUACGGCUUCCUGAUCUUCGUGUGCAUCGUGCACUUCUGCAACUUCACCCAGCUCAACUGCUGGGUGCGCAAUGUCCUGGCCUUUCUGGCGGCCCUCUGCUUCAUCGGCAUCGCGGUGUCCCAGCUGAUGGUGUACAGCCACAAUCGUGGCGAUCAGCAGGAUCAGGAGACGGCAUCGAACUUCACAGAGGAGAUCAAGUGGUUCCAGGACUACCACGUGGAGAUCUACCUGGACCUGCUGCUCAUCCUGGUGCUGGUGUGGUUCCUCAACCGCGAGUUCGAGAUCGGCUACCGGCUGACCUUCUACGGCAACGCGGUGGCCAACCAGGACAAGGUGCGGGUGCAGAACAUGAAGAACCAGGCGGACAUGCUGCUGCACAACAUCAUACCCAAGCACGUGGCCGAGCAUCUGAAGAACACGGCCAAGUACUCGGAGAACCACCACAACAUAGCCAUCAUCUUCGCCUCCAUCGUCAACUUCAACGAAAUGUACGACGAGAGCUAUCUGGGUGGCAAGGAGUUCCUGCGGGUGCUCAACGAGCUGAUUGGAGACUUCGAUGAGCUGCUGUCCAGACCGGAAUUCCGUGCGGUGGAGAAGAUCAAGACGAUUGGCUCGACCUUCAUGGCGGCCAGUGGCCUGGAUCCCUCGCACCGUGGCACCGGAGAUGAGCACAUACACACGCUCAUGGAGUUCUCGAUUGCCAUGCAGGAGGUGGUGGAUGCGUUCAACAAGGAUCUGCUGGAGUUCAACCUCAUCCUGAGGAUCGGCAUGAACAUUGGCGAUGUGACGGCGGGCGUGAUUGGCACGAGCAAGCUGUACUACGACAUCUGGGGCGAUGCGGUGAACGUGGCCUCCAGGAUGGACUCCACCGGCCUGCCGAAUCGCAUCCAGGUGGGCAAGGACUGCCUGCCCUUCCUCACCAACCGCUAUGAGUUCGAGCCCCGGGGCAGUGUGUAUGUGAAGGGCAAGGAUCACAUGGAGGUGUUCCUGUUCACGGGCCGCAGGGAGAAGCCGCUGGAGGACAAGGCUGAUGAUGAGCUGGAACGCUUGGAGAGCAAGAAGCAGGAGUACGAGGAGCAGGACGAGGUGGCGGUGCAGGAGGAGGAGGACGACGAGGAUGAGGACGAGGAGGACGACCUGCACUCCAGCGAGACCACCACGCUCUUCAAGUCGCAGGAAUCGCUGCAGGCGAACGGCGGCAGCCACUUGGCACCCUCCAACGCCGUCAACCACUCCUCCAUGGGCAACAACAACAACAACAGCAACGCCAACAACAACGUGAACAACAUAAACACCAGCACAACAACGACACCGACGACAACAACGGCGGCGGCGGCGGCGGCGGCGGCGAACAACAACUCAAUGCCAGUGGAAACUUAGGAAAAUAGUUCGGGACUUUUGGGCGGAGCAUCAGGCACUUGAGAAAUGGUUUCAAAAUUGCAUUUAAUGACUCUGACGAGGGAGCAAGUCCUCCGGCAACCAGACAUCCGUACGAAUGGCUUAGAGCAAGGAGUUGUGGCCAGAGAGCCAGGAAACCAAAAUGUAACCAAGGGCGGGGGGCGGGAUGGGGGAUUCAGGGGGGCGGGGCGUCGUGGUUGGACCAACUGAAGAACCAACCGUGUUUUUUGUGAUAUAAAUGAAUAUGAAUAGAUAGAAACGUUAGAAGCGAUAGAAUCGGGUUAAAGUUGCUAGUGAGAUUGGCUGAUUGAUUCAUCGAUUGCCCAAGUGAUUGAUUGAUUGAUUGUUGUUACUGCGUUCGGUCAAGAGACCUGACGCCAGGCAGACCCAUCAAAUAUUCUGCAUAUAUAUUAGCGCAUGUAUUUAAUUGUACUAGCCACUUGCAUCAUCCGAAAACCAAACGAAAUGCUUUCUUUCCCUUCUACCAAUGUUUUUUUUCACUAGCUCUAACUAAACUAAAUUAAACUAAACAAAAAAAACUAAACUAAUGGAAAUACGUGGCUUUAAAUGGUAGUAGCGAAAUAUAGAUGUGGAUUGUAUGUAGGUUCAAUGUACCCUAGAGUUAGCCAAUGUAUAAGUAACUAAAUAACAUUUUUUUUGAGCCAACGAAUGGAUAUUACCUGUAUGUAUUUGCUGUUGUUCGAUGUUGAUCCAUAUGUGUAUAUAGAUGUAUGUAGCUAAGGUCAAACGAGUGUGGUUCCGAUGCCAUAUGAAGGGGUUUCGGACGGCAGGGCAAGCCAUAUUUCCGGAAAUAAAGCUAGAGCUAAAUUAUAGAUUUUUUAAAACCAAUUUUGAUCAUUUUAUCGCCUGGCUUCGAUGUGGCAGCACACAGGGUCACAAUUGGUUGACCAGCAUAGUGGUAGUCCUAAAGAGAAACACUUUUUUUUGCUAGUAAUAGAGGAGUAACCCCAAACGAUCUACGUCGUUGUGACACGCAGCUUUUACAUAAAAUGUACCCGAAAAGUAUGCACCAAAAUGCUUGCCAUACUCACACAAAGACACGCACUCACCCACCAAAAAAGCUUUCACCACACACACACUCACGCACACCAAGAACCCUACACUGAGAACAUCGUUUUGUAAGCCUUUUGUAUGAUUUUUUUAUGCAAACACACCUAUUGUGCAAUGCAACUUUGCGACUUUCUAAGGUUAAAACUAAGCAAAGCUCUAUUUCCGACACAAAAAAUUAGAAAAAAAGAUAUACCAAAAUCAGAGAAAAUAUUUAACAAUGUAAACGUGUAUGUGUAUCGAAACCUAUGGACCCUAUUGUAUUUUUAUAUAAAAAAACAAGUAUUUUCUACUAAUUUAUUGAACAAAACAAAAAAGACGUACAUUUUUUUCUUGUCUUUUUGAAACCUCUAAGUGUACAUACUACAAGAUAUAUAUAUACACACCUAUAUAUAUUUAUAUUUAUAAUUGUAUAUUUUUAUAAAACAAAAACGAAAGAAGCAAAAAAACGGAACACAAAGAGCGAAUGAUAUUUACGAGAAGUCUAGAUCCUGUUUACGAUGUGUAGAAAUGUUUAAAUGUUGUUAACGCUGAGCUAGCCAGCAGCCAUCCGUGGCCAUAACCAAUGUAAGUGGAUCGUGUCCUACGUGUGUUUUAGCAAACGAUUUCAAAGAGUUUAUCGACAUGUUAUAGGCAAACCUACUAAGCGAGAUGUGUAGAAUCAAAAUAAACGAAAAGGCAGCAGUCUUAUAUUGUAUGUACUUAACAA